AUGACCCUAAAUCGUUUUGAGAGGCCCAAACCAUUAGUUGUGAGCAACGGGAAAGGCCUGGUGGCUGGAACAACUGAACCUUUCGUUGUGCAUUCAGGAAUGGAUGCGCUAAGAAAAGGCGGGACUGCAAUGAAUGCUUGUUUGGCGGCAGCUCUUGCAGGUAUCCAAAAAGUUUGGAUCUUUUUCAUAGCUCCCUGACUAAUUGUUCCUUGCCCAUAUGUUAAAUCUAUAAUCAUGAAAACUUUAAAACAGGGAGCGUGGGCAGAUGACUAGGGAAAUGGGGCGAUGUUAAUUUGAUUAUCUCCAUUUGUGAUUUCAUCGUGUCAUCAACAUUUAAGAAGACAGAUUUGGUUUUACAAAAUGGACAAUAUCUUCAUUACUUUAACAUCAGCAUUAGCUCCACUUACUCCCCCCAGCCCGCAACCCCCUCACCAACACACACACACGAGGGUGAUACGGGACCCCUAUAAUGGCCCAUACGGGAUGGUUCCGUUCGUUUCGUUCCCCCUUUUUUAAGCUUCAGGUAUAUGAAAGGUUGGCGUUUAACGAAUUGAUGUAUACUAUAGUAUCCGAAAGAAUAAUCUCUCACUUAGGCAUUUAAAAAGAGUUUAUGGCUGUGUUUUUGUAAAAAAAAAAAAAAAAAAAAAGCUUUUGUUUUGCCAAUUUGGAAUAGAAUAGAAUAGAUUGAGAGUAUUGAGUAAUGUCCCAUUCAUUUUCGUUAUAGAGAUUACCCUAGCAACAGGUUCCUACGUUUCGUACGCUGGUGUUACUCAAAUCCUUUAUUACGAGAAAUCUUCUACUAGAGUGUUCAGUAUAAUUGGUGGCUGGAAUACUCCUCUUCACGGGGACCCGUCUCAGAUCCCUAAGGUCCACACCACUGGAAACAAUGGUGCAUCAGUCCUCGUUCCUGGAUUCAUUGCCGGCGUUGUUGAUGCUGCCCAGAAGUUUGCAAAGUUCCCUUUGGAAACCUUAUUUGAGCCUGCUUUAUUUUUCUCUGAAAAUGGUUUCAAAAUGUCCGCUGAGUUGGCGAAUUCGAGAGGCCGCUCAACACAUGAUAUAAUGGUCGUAAGGUUUUCGUGUCCGGAAACGACUGGGGUGGAGUUGAAUUGA